AUGAUAUUCAUAUUUUCACCUCAAGCACAAGCACAAGCACAACUUGAACCUCAAAACGCGAUUGUGCAACCUCCUUCUCAAACCCCAAUGAACGACGAUGGGCUUCAACAGAUUCAAACACAAGUGCAGAUACAGGGAGAAUACUUGACUCUGACUUUGAGUGAGGGUGCGAACGUCCUCACCCCUCAAGGAGGAAUGAUACCCCCUACCACGAUGUCAAGUUUCAUUCCCACAGGAGAUAGAGUCAGUGGUGCUCUACCCACAUCUUCUUCAGGCUUGAUAGAAGAUACGUCAACCUCAAAUGGACUUGGAAAUGGUGUAUUAAGACCUGCUAAUCCAACUCUACCAAACUCGUAUACAGCUCCAACACCAUCUCCAAAUCCGACUCCCUCCACAACCUCGAGUCCUGGGCGUGCCAAUAGUUCGUCCCCGGCAGAAGCUACAGAUGCAGUGAAGAACGACAUGAUGAAUAGUGAUAAUAAUAAUAAUAAUAAUAAUAAUAAUAAUAAUAAUUCAACAACAUCAUUCAAUCAUACUACUCUCAUAAUAAUCACGAUCUUGUUAAUCAUAUCAGGUGUAGCUGUCGGAUUAUGGUAUUUUCGGAAAUCAAAAGCUAGGAAAUUAUUGGAAAAUGGUUUGGCCGAUUUAGAAUGUUCAAUUCAAGAAAAACGACUUUCCUUGAAUCAGAAUCAGAAUAAACGAUCAUCGAGACGUACUUCCUUUGGUGUUAUGGCUGUUGGAGGAGAAGCAAGAAGAAGUUGGGUAAGAUUAGAUGAAGAAAUUGAUAACACACCUAUCAACAGUUACAACAUCAACAACAACAGCAACAACAACAACAACAAUCCAAACGAUGAACAAGACCAAAAUGAAAAAUAUUCAUUACCUUUUCCACCAACUUCAUCCCCUUUCCAAACAUCCGAUCGAGGACUUGACCUCAGUUUCAACAGGAUAACGGAUACUCAGGAGGACAAAUCCACGUAUUCUGUGAUGAGUAGAAUUGAGAAUAGCAACGACAACUAUAAUAGUGAUAUGAAAAAAAGAAAUUCAACCAUCAACCAUUUUCCAAGACCACCCAAUACGAUUCCGAAUGUACUUAUACCUCUACCUGUACCUUCAACGGUGCCUAAUUUACCUCCUUUACCACCGACACCCCAGACUAAACCUAAGUUGGAAGCUCAUGACAGAAGAGAGAAUGAAAACGACUCUGUGCCGUUGUACAAUGACAUAUUCCAAGAGGAAAUCGGAGUAGCCACAACCACUUGCUUACCUGCUUCUUCAAGUAGAUCAGCAGUUGACAUUGAUCAUUAUCCAGCAAGAGGUUCAGGUUCAGGUUCAGGUGCAAGUUUAGGAAGGGACUUGUCAAAGUUGACUGACGAGUCGAGCAAUCGCAUCAUUGAAGUAGAACAAGCACGAACACAAUCAAGACAAUCUCUCCCAUAUAUCCUUCCCGUCCAAGAAGCAGAACGUACACCUACUUUCCUAUGUCUUAGUCAAAUCAACAACGAGACGACAACACAGAACUAUAGAAGUCCUACAGAAUCUUUGUAUGUGAUAUACAAUGAUAAAACGUAG